CUUGAAGGAAGGGGUGAAAUUGUUAGGUCCACUCGCAGGGGUUUCUUUCCUCCCCUCGUUGCUCUCAGCGUUUCUGCGGGUUCGAGGUUUUAAUUGGAAACAGCAUCUCUGUCUCCCUCAACAGACAGGAGGCGGAGCAAUGGCGACGGAUUAGGGUUUUGCGUCCCACACUCUCACGUUUCUUCCUCUCCUUUUCCCUUUGUUUUCUUCAGUCGCGGAAGAGAAGAGGAAAAGCGUCGAGAAGCCUCAAUUCGCCGGCAUUUCAAUCAUUCGCGUAUCGUCUUACGGAGAUCUGGAUUGGAUGGAUAAUGCCUGAGUAUGUAGUGGACCAAACUGCUGAAGAUUCUCUUAGUUGCCUACUUUGGUUCUAUUUAAGUUUCUGUAGACAGAGGAGGCUUUCCACCUACUUAUCUGAGACAAGUUGAUCUAGAAGCUUGUUUCGGUUGCUAAGCUGACUUCUAGAGUCAAAGAUCUAGGUGGAAUCCUAUUUUGGUUGUCCAUGUGACAACUCUGUGCUAAGGAAUAUUUACAAUACCAUCUGAGGUUCUACAACCCUUUAUUGAAUCAUUAGCAAAAUGGAGAAUAAAUUAUCCUCUCCACUUGUGCUAGAUGGAUCUGUCUGCAACAUCAAAUUCAGCAUAUCAACGACAGAGGAGAUUAUGACAUAUUCCAUAAACGAGUGUCCCAUUUCACAUCCAUCUCAGCUUGCAAAUCCUUUUCUUGGCUUGCCAUUGGAAUCUGGUAGAUGUGAAUCAUGUGGAACGGCUGAAAUUGGAAAUUGUGAAGGUCAUUUUGGCCACAUUGAAUUGCCUGUACCUAUAUAUCAUCCUUCUCAUGUGAGUGAAUUAAGAGAUAUUUUAAGCAUGAUCUGCUUAAAGUGCCUGCGGGUGAAGAAGGUCAGACAAGGUGAAGUGAAGGGCAAAAUCUCUAGCAUUUCCUGCUUUUAUUGCCGGGAUCUACCUCCUAUUUCUGUCAAAGAAGGAAAGACGAGCGAUGGUGCCAUUUUCUUACAACUGACAGUAUCAUCUAGGACAAAAAUGCGAGAAAGUUUCUGGAAUUUUUUAGACAGAUUUGGUUAUCAUUAUGGUGCGACCUUCUGUCGACCAUUGCUUCCAUAUGAGGCCCUUAAUAUUUUGAAACAGAUUCCAGAAGAAACCAAAAAGGCACUGUCUGGAAAGGGAUACUCCCCUCAAAGAGGUUUUAUUAUGCAACAUCUUCCAGUCCCUCCAAAUUGCCUGUGUGUUCCUGAAAUUAAUGACGGGAAAUGUGUUAUGUCAUCUGACAUAUCGAAGUCCCUUCUUAAGAAGGUUCUCAAUAAGAUUGAGCUCAUCAAAAGGUCAAGAUCUGGGUCCCCAAAUUUUGAAUCACAUGAAGUUGAGUCAAAUGAUUUACAAUUGUCGAUUACACAGUAUAUUCAUCUCAGAGGUACUACCAAGGCACCUCAUGACAUCAAAAGCAGAUUUGUCCAAGGCAGUGAGUCAAGUGAAUUGCCCUCGAAGCAAUGGCUGGAGAAGAUCAGAACAUUGUUUAUAAGUAAAGGGUCAGGCUUUUCUUCACGCUGUGUGAUUACAGGAGAUCCUUAUAUAGGAGUUGAUGUGAUUGGUUUGCCAUCUGAAAUAGCAAAAAGGAUUACAUUUGAGGAACGGGUAACAGAAUACAAUAUUAAUCAUUUGCAAAACAUAGUUGACAAGAGACUAUGUAUAACUUACAAAGAUGGUUCCUCAACUUAUGCAAUUUCUUUGGGAUCAAAGGGGCAUACAAGUCUUAAGGUUGGUCAGAUUAUAAAUCGCCAAAUUAUAGAUGGGGAUAUAGUUUUUAUUAAUCGACCGCCUAGCACUCAUAAACACUCAUUACAGGCUUUUCAUGUUUAUGUUCAUGAGGAUCAUACUGUUAAGAUUAAUCCCCUUAUAUGUGCUCCUCUUGGAGCAGAUUUUGAUGGCGAUUGCAUUCAUAUUUUCUACCCACAGUCCCUUUCUGCAAAAGCUGAAGUUGCAGAACUGUUUAGUGUGGAAAAACAAUUGUUGAGUUCACAUUCUGGAAAUAUGAACUUGCAGUUGGUUCAUGAUUCUCUGUUGGCUCUGAAGUUGAUAUCGAACUUAAGUUUCAUAGGGAAGGCAGUGGCACAGCAGUUGUCUAUGUUUGAAUCACCUGUACUGCCAUCACCUGCAGUAAUCAAGGCUAAUAAUCAUGGCCCAUGUUGGACAUUUCUUCAAAUUUUACAGAAUGUUUUGCCAUCUCACCUGAACAGUUGUGGGGAUAACUAUACCAUAUAUCAAAGUGAAUUUUUGAAAUUUGAUUCUAGUAGGGACAUUGUGCAGUCACUGCUAACUGAUAUUCCAACUUCAAUCUAUCGCUCAAAGGGCCCUAAGGAUGUACUCAAUUUCUUCAAUUAUAUACAGCCACUACUGAUGGAGGUUUUGUUUAUGGAAGGCUUUAGCGUCAGUUUGAAAGAUUUUUAUUUUCAGACAGCCAUUAUUGAAGAGAUUAGAAGAAGCAUACAGAAAAAUUGCUUCAUACUUGGUCAGUUAAGAUCAGGAUAUAAUGAGCUAGUGCAUUUACAAUUUGAAAAAUACCUCAAAAGCUUGAAAUCUCCAAUAGCAGAUUUUCUAUUUAAGUUUUCAGCCUUGGGUAGUUUGAUCGAUGCAAAGAAUGAUUCAGCAAUUGUCAAAGUGGUUGAACAAAUUGGAUUUUUGGGGCUUCAGCUUUUUGAUCAGGGAAAAUAUUAUUCGAAGGCUUUGGUUGAUGAUUGCUUUACAACUUUUAUGAAUAAACAUUUCUUUAGCGAACUUGAUUGUCCAUCUGAAGCAUAUGGACUAGUUAAAAGUUCCUUUUUUCAUGGUUUAGCUCCUUUUGAAGGGUUGGUUCAUGCAAUAUCCACGAGAGAAAUUAUUGUUCGUUCAUCUAGAGGAUUGACAGAACCUGGAACCUUGUUUAAGAACCUUAUGGCAAUUCUUCGAGAUGUCAUCAUUUGCUAUGAUGGCACUAUUAGAAAUGUAUGCACUGGUUCCAUUGUCCAAAUCAAGUAUUUGGAUGAUGAAGUAGUUGAUUCUUUGACCACAGCAUCCCCUGGUGAACCAGUUGGAGUCUUGGCUGCUACAGCUAUAUCAAACCCUGCAUACAAGGCUGUUCUUGAUUCAUCUCAAAGUAACAAUUCUUCAUGGGAACUUAUGAAGGAAAUUCUUCUUUGUAAGACUGGCUACAAAAAUGAUGUUUCUGAUCGCCGAGUGAUCUUGUACUUGAAUGAUUGUUACUGUCGGAAGAGAUUCUGCAAGGAAAAGGCAGUAUAUGCAGUUUUCAAUUGCUUGAAAAAGGUCUGUUUAAAGGAUUGGGCUCGCGAAUUCUAUAUUGAAUAUAGAAAGCAAAUAGAUUUGCCUAAUAAAUCAGAGACAUUUUCAGGUCUUGUUGGUCAUGUUCAUCUUGACAAGACGCAAUUAAAAUUGUUCAACCAAAAUAUUGAUGAGAUACUUGGGAAGUGCCAGGAUGUUUUGUUUAAAUAUACAAAAAAGAAAGGACAACUCUCCCAAUUCAUUAAGAGGGUUGUUUUGUCUGUUUGUGAAUGUUGCAACUACAAGCAGCCACAUGAUGGGGAUCUAUGUCAUUUUCCUUGCUUGCAGUUCACUUUCGUUGAUGCUAAUACUGCUCAAAAUGAUGAAUCUCUUGAGUGUGCAAUACAUGUCAUGGCCAAGGUUAUAUGUCCUAUAUUGUUGGAUACAAUUGUUAAAGGUGAUCCUAGAGUUUUUGAAGCAAAGAUUGUAUGGAUAGAACCAGAUGCAACUUCUUGGGCGGCUAACUCAUGUAAAACCUUAAAGGGUGAAUUAGGCCUUGAAAUUGUUCUUGAGAAAGCAGCAGUUCGAGAAAAUGGUGAUGCAUGGAGGAUGUUAAUGGAUGCUUGCCUACCUGUGAUGCAUCUUAUAGAUACAAGUCGAUCUUGUCCUUACGGAAUUCAGCAAAAUCGGGAGCUUCUGGGCAUUUCUUGUGCUUUUGACCAAGCAGUUAAGCGGUUGUCAAGAUCAAUUAGGAUGGUUUCAAAAGGUGUGAUGAAAGAACACCUACUUCUGGUAGCAAACAGCAUUACAUGCACUGGGAAUCUUGUUGGAUUCAACACUGGUGGUUAUAAAGCACUCUUUCGUUCUUUCAAAGUUCAAGUACCAUUCACUGCUGCCACUUUAUUUACACCCAUGAAAUGCUUUGAAACAGCUGCUGAAAAAUGUCAGACUGAUUCUUUAACCAGUGUGGUUUCAUCUUGUUCAUGGGGCAAAAAGGUGGCUAUUGGUACUGGUGCACCAUUCCAGAUACUUUGGGAUAAAAAUCAGACGGCAAUGCAUAAGGACAUUGGUAAAGGAGUAUAUGAUUUCCUUGAGAUGUUAAAUCCCACAUUAAGUGGAGAGGCAACUGGCGCAUGUCUUGCAGAUGUUGAUGACAUCAUCGAAGACCAGGAAAUGGAAGUUUGUUUAUCACCUGUAGCCAAUGGCCAUAUGACUUUUGAGGAAAAUCAUGAGGUUGAAUACAGCUUUAAGAAAAAUCUAAACCAGGAAAAUAGGAAAAUUGAGAAUUCUUGUCGAGACUUUGCUUCAGAUUUUGGAGAUAAAUCAGGCAAUUGGCAAGGAUGGGAAAGUAGGCAAGACAGUGGCAAAAUGGCAGAAACAAAUGCCUGGUCUAGUUGGGAUUCCCAACACAUGGGACAAAUCACUGUUGGAUCUUGGGAAAAUAAGGAUUCUCAAAAUUGUUCUGACCCUUCAGUUGAGCUUAAUGCAUGGGGGAAAGGUACAGAAAAAAAUGUAGCUUCAUGGGAAACUCGAUCUGUUAAAUCAAGUGGUGGAGAUAUUUGGAAUGAAAAGGUGACCAAAAAUUUGGAAGAGAAAGAAGGAACAUCUGUUUGGAAGAAUAUUAGUUGGAGGCCCAAAGGCAAUUCUAAUGAAGAUGCAUUCUCUUUGCCUGGGACUUUGGACUCUGAAAGUUCUAAAGAACCAUGGGUCGUGGGUGCUAGAGACAACACUGGAAACUCUUGGAAAAAUGGUCCGGAUGCUGCUAAACUUCCAAAAGCAACUACUUGGGGUUCCUCUGAAACCGAAUUUGAUAAGGAUUUGAACAGUGUGCAGAAUGGAAAAUCUUAUAAUGGGAGGGACAAAUCAUGGAACUCUAAUGCAACUGUAGAUUUUAACAACCAGCAGAGUGGCAAUUCAACCAGGAACUUGGAGAACCCAUGGACUUGCAAGCCAACUGAUGAUUCGAACAACCAGUGGAAUAACAAUCCAUGGAGUUCAAAUGCAACUCGAGAUUGUAACAACCACCAGAGUAGCAAUUUAACCAAGGAAAUGGAAAAACCAUGGACUGACAACAACCAGUCAAAUAACAAUAGCACAUGGGACUCCAUUGCUAACCAAGAUUUUGAAAAGCAGCAGAGUGGUGAUCUAACCAGGGAUAUGGAAAACCCAUGGAUUUGCAAGCCUAUUGAAGAUUCAAAUAGCCAGAGGAAUGACAAUGGCAGUUCCACAUUAAACAAUUUUGAUAGUGGAAAUCAAACUUGGAAUUCUGGUGGUUGGGGUUCUGCAACUGCUGCUGGCAGAAGAAACCAGAAAAAAUAUGGUGGAAAACCACCAGGAACUCCAGAUUCCAGAAAAGUUUGGAACCCAAAUAGGCCAUCCAUUUCAAGACGACCAUUAGAAUCUCUUUCAACUGAGGAGGAAAAGGUUCUCGCUGAAGUGGAACCAAUUAUGCAGAUAAUAAAGAGAAUUUUGCGAGAUUCCAGUGAUGGUGAUCGACUGUCUGAUGAUGACCAGAAGUUCAUUUUAGAGAAUGUUUUUUCAUACCAUCCUGAUAAGCAAUCAAAGGUCGCUGAUCAACUUGACUAUAUCAUGGUUGACAAACAUGGUACAUAUCAAGAUUCAAGGUGUUUUUUUGCCGUGUCACGUGAUGGCACUAAAGCUGACUUCUCCUAUAUUAAAUGCAUGGGGAAUUUUGUCAAGAGAACCUUCUCCGAGCAUGGAGAGUCGUUCUGCCAAAAGUAUUUUAAGCGGCGUCGGGUUGAGCCAGCUGAAGACAACAGUCAGCAGCUGCCGUAGCAGAUGAAUUUCUAUAUCAUUGUGCUGCUCUAAUUCCUUGUAUAUAGAGCUGCUGUGUUUCUAACUAGUUCAGUUUGUUGUUAAACAUCAACUAGAGAAUGUAAAUUAUUGCAAAUAGACUAUAGAAUCAUAUCAUCGUCUGGCCAUUCGAAAUGCCAUUCUAAAUGCCAGUUUUAAUGCAGGUUGCAUGGAUCAUUGAAGGCAUCUUUUUACAAUACUUCUGACAGCCACAUCGGUCCAUUACUGCAUUCUUCAUUAUUGGCAAAGGUGCAAUAUUUGUUUUGACAAUCUGGUGGAAUUCAAUGUCAAAACUGAAACGAACUUAAUUGUCGUGUAUCAAUUGAGUACCACUCGGGCACUUCUGCAACAAGGUGUUUUCAUAUGAUUUCCUUAGCCAUUUGCCUUGGCUCGGGGGGAUAUUUGCUAGCACUUCUGACCUUGUAAACACCCUUUUUUUUUUUAAAUUAGUAUUGUAAUGUUAAUUCAA